CGCCCCCGGCCCCGGCCCCUCGGCGGCAUGGGGGACAACACCAGCCCCAUCAGCGUGAUUCUGGUGAGCUCCGGGAGCAGGGGCAAUAAGCUGCUGUUCAGGUACCCCUUCCAGAGAAGCCAGGAGCACCCGGCGUCCCAGACAAAUAAGCCACGCAGCCGAUAUGCUGUUAACAACACUGGCGACCAUGCUGAUGACCAGGAUGGCGAUUCCAGCGAGCCAUGUCCUCCAACCGAUGAGCAAUUGGUUGCAGGGUUUUCAGAUGUUAUUCUGGCAACAAUUUUGGCAACCAAGUCUGAAAUGUGUGGCCAAAAAUUUGAACUGAAGAUUGAUAAUGUACGGUUUGUUGGGCACCCAACACUGCUACAGCAUGCUCUGGGGCAGGUCUCCAAAACAGAUCCCUCCCCGAAGAGGGAAGCACCUACUAUGAUUCUUUUUAAUGUGGUGUUUGCACUGAGGGCCAACGCAGACCCAUCGGUGAUAAACUGUCUGCACAACCUGUCCCGUCGUAUUGCCACUGUGCUGCAGCACGAGGAGCGCCGCUGCCAGUACCUCACCCGGGAGGCCAAGCUGAUCCUGGCGCUCCAGGAUGAGGUGUCCGCCAUGGCUGAUGGAAAUGAAGGUCCUCAGUCCCCAUUCCAUCACAUCCUGCCCAAGUGCAAGCUGGCCAGGGACCUUAAGGAAGCUUACGACAGCCUGUGCACGUCGGGCGUGGUUCGGCUUCACAUCAACAGCUGGCUGGAGGUGAGCUUCUGCCUGCCCCACAAGAUCCACUAUGCGGCCUCCAGCCUGAUUCCCCCAGAGGCCAUCGAACGGAGCCUGAAAGCCAUCCGCCCGUACCAUGCCCUGCUGCUGCUCAGUGACGAGAAGUCCUUGCUGAGUGAGCUUCCUGUCGACUGUUCCCCUGCCCUAGUGCGGGUGAUCAAGACCACAUCUGCUGUGAAGAACCUGCAGCAGCUAGCCCAGGAUGCGGACCUGGCCUUGCUGCAGGUUUUCCAGCUUGCAGCUCAUCUGGUGUACUGGGGCAAGGCCAUCAUCAUCUACCCACUGUGUGAAAACAACGUCUACAUGCUGUCUCCCAACGCCAGUGUGUGUCUGUACUCCCCGCUGGCCGAGCAGUUCUCCCACCAGUUCCCAUCUCAUGACCUGCCGUCCGUCCUUGCCAAGUUCUCCUUGCCGGUCUCCUUGUCAGAAUUUAGGAAUCCCCUGGCCCCCGCUGUGCAGGAGACCCAGCUCAUCCAGAUGGUGGUGUGGAUGCUGCAGCGCCGGCUCCUCAUCCAGCUGCACACCUAUGUCUGCCUGAUGGCUUCACCCAGCGAGGAGGAGCCCCGCCUGCGAGAAGACGAUGUCCCCUUCACUGCCCGGGUUGGCGGUCGCAGCCUCAGCACGCCCAACGCCCUCAGCUUUGGCUCCCCAACCAGCAGCGAUGACAUGACCCUCACCAGCCCCAGCAUGGACAACUCCAGUGCAGAGCUGCUUCCCAGUGGGGACUCGCCACUGAACCAGAGGAUGACAGAGAACCUGCUGGCCAGCCUGUCGGAACAUGAGCGUGCAGCCAUCCUCAGUGUACCUGCAGCCCAGAACCCUGAGGACCUGCGCAUGUUUGCCAGGCUCCUUCACUACUUCCGCGGCCGCCACCACCUGGAGGAGAUUAUGUACAACGAGAACACGCGGCGCUCCCAGCUGCUCAUGCUCUUUGACAAGUUCCGCAGCGUGCUGGUGGUGACCACCCACGAGGACCCCGUCAUUGCUGUCUUCCAGGCUCUGCUUCCCUGAACUCAGGUGGAGGGUGGGAGGCUGCUGGGGUGUGCAGGUGGGCUCCCUCCCUGCUGAGGCUGACCCUCUUAGCCCUGAGGCCCAGCACUGGGUAGAUGCCAGCCCUAGCCUGACUGAAGGCCUACAGAGCCCCACUGUUCUGGCCAUGGGCGGUUCAGCUGCGGGGAUGCUGCCCUCUGUGCCCCUGCGCUUCCCUCCGGUCCUAGCUGCAUGCAUAGAUAACUCCACGCUGGACGGAGCCUGCCAGGACGCUUGUCCCUAGGUGAUGCUACAUCCUUUUAGGUCCAUGCAGGCUGUUGAUUUCUCAGACCCUCCUUCUGUCCCCAUACCUGCUCCCUGGAACCCCCCCGUGGCCGCCCUGAAGAAUAUGCAGAAACACUUGUGUGGCCUGUUCCUAUCUGACAGCCUUUCCUUUGUGAAGUGCCCUGUGGCCCCUUCCCCAGCACACUCUCUCUCCACCAUGCACUUCUUCCCAGGUUGCCAUGAGCCAUUCCAGGCCCAGCCCUCACCACAGUCCACAUAAGUCACACACGGGCUCAUAGCCAAGCUGUGACCUGGUCCUCACCAUCUGGGGCACGAGGGCCUGGGCUGGCCCUGCUAGGCUGGAGCAGCCCUGUCACCUGUGCACAUCUUGCUGGUGGAGGCAUGGCCCACUGUGCAGGACCCCACACUGACGAUUCUCCCCAGGGUCCACAUUGGGCCUGGUGCAACAUACUCGGGGCCCCAAGCCCUUGUGUCCUGGAGGAAGAGCUGGCUCCAGACAUGUGCUGACCACCUAGGGGGACUCUGGUUAACACAGCUUUCUAGAAAUAAAACAUUUAUUUGUUUUUAAACAAUUAAAAA